CAGUACAUUCUAAGUUCUCCAUUUCCUUAACUAGCAAUUAAGAAACUAUUACUCCACUGAUUAUCAACUCAGUAAAUAAUCUUUUCAAAUCCCUCUUUGGAUGAUGAAGAGUGACGGAGCUAAAUUGUCAACUUUAUUGAUCUUAUUUUUCACUGUUUUAACAUUGGCAAAUGCUUCAUUUGCAUCUCUUAAGUUUGGUUACUACCAUUCAAGUUGUCCACAUGCAGAAGCCAUUGUGAGAAAAGCAGUGAACAAAGCUGUGUCUCGUAACCCUGGCCUUGGCGCUGGCAUCAUCAGGAUGCAUUUCCAUGACUGUUUUGUUAGGGGAUGUGAUGCCUCAAUCCUUUUGGAUUCAACCCCAGAGAAUCCAGCAGAGAAAGACAAUCCAGCAAACAAUCCGAGCUUACGAGGCUAUGAAGUGAUCGACGAGGCAAAAGCUGAACUAGAAUCAAUUUGCCCACAAACAGUUUCUUGCUCAGAUAUAAUUGCAUUUGCUGCAAGAGAUAGUGCAUUUAAGCUUGGAGGCAUUAGAUAUUCAGUUCCAGCAGGUCGUCGAGACGGAAGAGUAUCCAUUAAAGAUGAACCAAACGAACACCUUCCACCAUUCACCUUAAAUGCUAGAGAGCUUGAAGAAAAUUUCGCGAAAAAAGGACUUUCUUUAGAUGAAAUGGUCACACUUUCUGGUGCACAUUCUAUUGGAAGAACUCAUUGUUCUUCCUUUGCCGAUAGACUUUACUCUUUCAAUUCUACUCGCCCGCAAGAUCCCACAAUGGAUCCUAGAUUAGCAAAACAAUUGAGGAAGAGAUGUCCGAAUCCUUUUGACUCUGGGGUUGAUCCAACUCUUCCACUUGAUGUUGUUACACCAAACAGGUUGGACAACAAGUACUAUGUCAAUUUGAAGAAUAAUAGGGGAUUGUUAACCUCGGAUCAGACGCUAUGGAGUAGUCCUUCAACGGCUAGGAUGGUAAGGAGUAACGCGAUUCAUGGUGCAAAUUGGGCUCGUAAUUUUGCAGCUGCGAUGGUGAAAAUGGGAUCCAUAGACGUUGUGAGUGGCAUGCAGGGAGAGAUCAGGAAGAACUGCAGGGUUGUGAAUUAAUUAAUCGAGUGAUUCUUUUCUUUUAUCAUUUUUGUUGAUUUUUAAUUGUAUCAUCACAUUUUUUUUUCCAUUUAAUUUUCAAUGUCAAGACAAGUGUAACUGAUUCUUUCCAAUUGUAAUUUAAAUUGAUGUAAGAGAUUUUGCUUAUUUUCAUGAUAAAGAUUGGACAACUUCCAUUUAUUUGAUUAAUAAAAGUGCAGAAAGUUUCUUUUA